AUGUCCCUAAAGUUCGGGAAGGUAUCUACCGUUGUGGCGUCAACUCCAGAGACAGUGAAGGAUGUCUUAAAAACAUUCGAUGUAGAUUGCUGUUCCCGACCAUACUUGACUUACCCUGCGAGAAUCACGUACGGUUUAAACGAUAUCGCGUUUUCUCCCUACAGCAACUAUUGGAGGGAAGUACGAAAGGUGGCGGUUGUUGAACUCUUCACCGGGAAAAGAGUACAGUAUUUUCGACGUAGCCGAGAAGAAGAAGUUGCCUCCUUCGUUGAUUUCGUGAAACAAUCUGCUUCAUCUGAGAAUCUUGUUAACUUCAACCAGAAGUUAAUGAAGUUGUCAGGAAGUGUGACUUGUAGAGUUGGGUUUGGGAUAAAUCUCAAAGGAAGCAAACUCGAGAAUACUUAUGAGGAAGUCAUUCAAGGAACCAUGGAGGUGUUGGGGAGUUUUGCUGCAGCAGAUUACUUCCCGGUCAUUGGUCAACUCAUCGAUAGGAUCACAGGGUUACAUAGCAAAUGCGAGAAGGUUUUUAAAGCAAUGGAUGCAUUUUUUGACCAAUCCAUAAAGUAUCAUCUAGAAGAUGAAAGUAUCAAAGAUGAUAUCAUUGCCUUGCUCCUCAAGAUGGAACGUGAAGAGACUGGACAUGGAGAGUUUCAAUUUACACGAAACCACACCAAAGGAAUUCUCCUAGAUAUUCUUAUUGGUGGAAUAGAUACUUCUGCCCAUACUGUGACGUGGGUGAUGACGCAUUUGAUAGCAAACCCAAGAGUUAUGAAGAAAGUGCAAGCCGAGACAUGGAUCCAAGUCAACGUAUGGGCUAUUCACAGGAACCCAAACAUUUGGAAAGAUCCAGAAGUGUUUAUCCCCGAGAGGUUUAUGGACAAAGAUAUUGACUACAAAGGUGUAAACUUUGAGUUGUUGCCGUUCGGUAGUGGAAGGAGGAUGUGCCCUGGUAUGAAUUUGGGUAUGGCUUUGGUACACUUGACUCUUAUCAAUCUUCUUUACCGUUUUGAUUGGAAGCUUCCGGACGGAAUGGACGCAAAAGAUGUUGAUCUUGAAGAGUCAUAUGGACUUGUCUCUCCUAAGAAGAUUCCACUUGAACUCAUACCGGUCAUUACCCAAUGGACUUAA